CUCUCUCUCGCUCGCUCGCUCGCUCGCUCACUCACUCACUCACUCACUCAGUAUCACACCGGGGCCUUCGCAGCAUCAUCACGAACAAACUUAACAGUCAUGUCCGCUCCGGGUGCAGAGGGUUCAGCAGGGAUGUCGGGGGGUAACCGCAAACUGCAGCAGACGCAGGCGCAGGUGGAUGAGGUGGUGGACAUCAUGAGGGUGAAUGUUGAUAAGGUCCUUGAACGCGACCAGAAGCUCUCGGACCUAGACGAUCGUGCCGAUGCCCUCCAGGCUGGUGCUUCUCAGUUUGAGACCAGCGCUGCCAAGCUGAAGAGAAAAUACUGGUGGAAGAACUGCAAGAUGUGGGCCAUUUUGAUAGCAGUGAUUGUCAUCAUCAUUGUCAUCAUUAUCAUCUGGUCACAGUCAUAAAGCCGCAGGAAUACAGAAAGAAAACUGUUUAUGAUUGGAAGAACAAUGAGAAUUUGAAGGAGUAUCAAUAUUAGAAAAGAAAGAGAGACAGAGAGAGAGAUGAUGAAAAAAUAAUUGAAUGAAUGUUCUUCCAAUAUUUUCUAACCUGCUGAUUGUCAAAACCAUAUUUUGUAAACUAUCUUCAGUGUAUUUUUUCUUUUUUUUAGUUUUUGUUUUUAAUUACUAUCAUUUGAAUGUUUCAAAAUGCUUAACUAAACACUCCACUGUUGUUCAGAUAAAUAAAUGAAUACAGUGUUAAGCAAAAAUAUUCAAAACUACUUUUUCACUUACACGUUUGUUAAUAUUCGGCACUGUGUGCUCAUAUUUCACACAGACCAAAAACUACACAAAACACCUUGCUGUUAAACCCUUUUGCCAACAUUUUGUCGCCUUACGGCUCUGUUACAGACACAGCAAAAAAUGAAACGCUUUCCACAUAAUGCCAACAGGACAUACAGCCUCUCCUGAUCAACCACAGAAGUGCCAUUAGAUACCAGCAGUGCCUUCAGACAACACUGCCAGAGUAACAUAUAACCGAUUUAACUAAGUAGUAUUUUAGAUAUUAUUGAAUUAAAAGUUUUGACAUAAUUUACUAAUAAUUUAUGUAACAAUAGUUUGACAGAACUAGUGAGAGUAUGAUCACCUCGCAGAAACAGUUCCUCACGCUCACGGUGCCAAAACGUGUUUAUAUGAGCUUUUUUUGUAUGUAUCUCACAUGUGUAUAAAUUGUAAACAAGUGCAAUUCUGUACUGUGGCCGUGCAAAACUGUUAAACCUGUUGAAUUGCCACACUUUGCUCAAUAAAAUAAGAAUUAAAUAUA